CUAAUCCGCUAUGUAGGCCAUGCUGAAACCAGUCUCUGGUCCAUAUCCCCUCAAUACGAAGAGCAGGCUCAUUGAGAGCUGGGUACCAACUACCAAGAAUCUCCUUGCUCUGGAGAGCUCCCAAUAUUAUUCCAUUCGUUGAUCUCUUCUUCCUAAGGAACAUGGAGAUGAUGGAGGCGCCGAUCAGUGCAUCUCAGGGAGCCAUGCGGUCCCUUCCUAGGAAGCUGGAGUCGUUGCUAUCGGGACCCAAGCAGGGGCUCCGGGCGGAGGAGAAGAAGAAGCUCCGCGGCCUCCAAGCAGAUCUGCAGGGACUAAUCGACAACUACCUAUUUGAGCCAUCCGAGGUGGAGUCCCCUGCCUCCACGGCCAACUUCUGGAUGAAGGAUGUGCGCGACCUGUCCUAUGACAUCGAUGACUUCAUCUACGAGCUCACCCACGUCGCCGUCAGCGGCGGCAGCGGUGCCAGGAUCAGCGCCGCCCAGAUCCAGAAGCUCCCCGGCGUCAAGAUCUCUCGGUUCCCGGAGAAGCUGAAACGGCGGCAAUGGAUCUCCGAUGAGAUCUCAGGGUUCAGGACUCGCGUCAAGGAAGCAAUUCAACGGCACAAAGCCUAUCUUGGCGGCUGCAGGUGGCGGCCUAGCAGCAGCGUUCAGCACUCUGCUCCAUCACCAUGUAGCCAGGCUGCCAUUCGCCUUGUUGGUAUGGACAGCUCCAUCAAUCAGCUCUGCGGCUGGCUGGCUAACGAUGGACAGCCAGAGCACAAGGUGGCGUCCAUCGUUGGAACUAGUGGGGUUGGGAAGACCACCCUCGCUAGAGAAGUGUACCGCAAGAUUGGAGGCCAGUUCGAGUGCCGGGCUUUUGUGCAGACAUCGCGAAAACAAGACAUGAGGAUGCUCCUCGCCAGCAUACUCUCGCAAGUUCGACGGCACCACCUCCCCGACUCUUUCGAGGUGCAUAAACUGCUCUUCGACAUCAAAGAACACCUACACCAUAAGACGUACAUAAUUGUAAUUGAUAAUCUGUGGGCGUCAUCAACCUGGGAUAUUAUCAGUCAUGCUUUGCCAAAGGGAAACUGUUGCAGUAGAAUAUUAUCAACGACAGAGGUUGACGCUAUUGCUCAGACAUGCUGUGCAGAUACCUCCAAGUAUAUCUUCAAGAAGGAACCGCUUAGUGAAGACGAGUCAAGAGAACUAUUUUUAGGUACAGUUUUUGGCCAUGAAGCUGGAUGUCCUCAGGUCCUCAAGGAAGUUUCAAAUGAAAUUAUAAAAAGAAGUGGUGGCUUGCCGCUAGCAAUUAUUAUAUUGGCCAGUCUCUUGGCAGGUCAGCCAGCCAGCAGCAUAGAGCACUGGAAUUACAUAAAGAAUUCACUGAGUUCCGAUUCAAGCACAAAUACUAGUUUGGAAGGGAUAAAACAAGUUCUCAACCUUGGCUAUGACAAUCUUCCUCACGGUUUGAAAGCAUGCAUGUUAUAUCUAUGUCUGUAUGAAGAGGACCGUGUAAUAUGGAAGGAAGAUUUGGUGAAGCAGUGGAUAGCCGAAGGUUUCAUCUGCGCAGUGGAAGUUGCACAGAGCUAUUUUGAUGAGCUUGUUAGCAGGGGAAUGAUCCAACCUGUGGAUAUCAACUGCAAUGAUGAAAUUAUGUCAUGUAGAGUGCACCACAUGGUACUUCACUUUAUUAGAUACAAGUCCACAGAAGAGAAUUUCAGCAUUGCAUUAGAUCAUUCCCAGACCACUAUAAGGCUUGCUGAUAAGGUUCGUCGGCUGGCUCUCCACUUUGGCAAUGUCCAAUAUGCCACACUACCAAUGACAGCGAGUAUGAGACUGUCACAAGUUCGAUCUCUUGCCUUUUCUGGAUUGCUCAAGUGCAUGCCUUCCUUUGUGGAGUUCCGGUUUAUUCAGGUUCUGAUCCUUAAAUUAUUGCCUGACCCUGAUAACAGAAGUGACAACUUUACUGGCUCUGAUGACCUGAGUGGCAACAUCACUGAACCUGAUGACCUGAGUUGUAAUCUAAGUGAAAUUUCAGAACUCUUCCGACUGAGGUAUUUCCAUCUUGAUGCAUGUCACAUGAGUGUGGAGCAUCCAACCCAGAUGAAACAGCUAAAAGAUUUGGUGGCAUGGGAAAUUGAUGCUGAUGUAACUGCAGUUCCAUCAGAUAUUGUCGAUGUGCCGGGCUUGUUCUUCCUCAGUAUUCCUAGCGUGGCUCAACUGCCCGCUGAUAUUGGCCGCAUGACAUCUCUCCGUACUCUGGGUGUUAUCGAUCUCAGCAAGAACUCAACAGAAAAUAUUAUGUGCCUUGGUGAGCUGAUCAAUCUCCAGGAUCUUCAUCUCACAUGUUCCACAUUACAACCUGAUAACCUGGAAAAGAACUUGGAAUGCCUGGGCUUGAUAGUUCGGAAACUAAGCAAUCUCAAGUGCGUAACUCUGGUACCUGCAGUCUCCUCUCAUGUGAAAACUCAGGAUGAUGUUGGUGCUCCAAGCAUGAGCAUUUCUUGGGAUGGCUUCACUACUGUGUCUCCUUCUCCAGCCCUUCUUCAGAGACUAGAGUUGUCGCGGCACUGCUUCAUCUUGUCCAGCUUACCUGAGUGGACCAAGGAUCUUACGAAGCUUGGCAUUUUAAAGAUGGCAGUUAGGAAGGUGUCAAGUGAAGAUGUUGUUAUUCUCAAAGGAUUGCCUUCCCUCACUGCUCUCUCGCUGUUCGUCUGGACCACACCCACAAGAAGGAUCAUCUUUGACAAUGAGGGAUUCUUGGUGCUGAAGUACUUCAAGUUUGUGUGUCUUGCACCAUGCCUGGGUUUUUUGGAUGGAGCAAUGCCCAAAGUCCAAAAUCUCAAGCUAGGUUUUAAUGCUAAUCGAAUGGAGCGAUACAGUUUGGUAGCUGCUGGGUUUGAGCACCUGGUUGGCCUCAACAAGCUGUCCACAAAAAUUGGGGGCGCCGGUACUAACGAAUGCAACAGAAGGUCUGCAGAGUUGGUGUUUGCUGAUGCCAUUAGCAAGCAUCCAAGCACUCCCAUCAUCAAUAUACAGUGGGUGGAUUGGAAUUAUUGUGGCAAUUAUGACAAGUACACCGAGGCUCCAAAGGAGAUAUGGAAACAACUUGGAGUUCAAGAGAAGAACUUGGAGGGAGAUGCCAACAAACUCCCCUAUAUAAGUGCAUGGCUUGCUGCACUACGGGCCUCACAUCUGCAGAAUAUGGUCAAUGACGUCUCAGAGGCAGAGAACAGGAGGCUGGGACCCAGCAUCGGUGAUGACGAGCUAGACGAAGAUAGCAACACGGCUGUGAAGGAGGCCUUGCGGUUGGUUGAGCAGUGGGACUCGGUGGCGCCGGGGGUCAGGCUUGUGUUUGAGUCGCCGGAGGACGGCGAGGAGUACCUCGCCGCAGCUUCCUGCCUCAUGGGCGCAGCUGGGCGACACGUCGAGUGGGCGCUGCAGGUCGCGAUGACGCGACUCGAGGAAGAGUUCCAUCAGCUGCUGAUCAGCGGGACGGUUUCACUCACCGCAGAGGACCUGCACGCCUUCCUCCUCCCCAGGCUCUCACUUACGGUACCGACAUCCAAUUACACAUCUUCCAUCGACCUAGACUACACAUGGACCUCUGACGAGGGAGACGAGUCUACGGGUUGGGGCACAUUGAGUUCGGUCUCGGAUGGCGAGAUCUCACCUUACCUCAUGUUGCCGGAUACCAGAAGUGCCCUCAAGGACUUCCCAGACGUCAUGCAUAACCCUCUUUGCCUCAUUUUGCCGGACACUGUGAGCACCCUCAAGGACAUUGCAGAUGUCAUGCUAAGCGCUGGCUAUGCGCCAGAGCUUAGCCUGGUCUACAGUGAGGUGCGCCGGAACAUGCUUGUGGAAUGCCUUGACAUGCUUGGGGUUGACAAGAUGAGCCUGGAGGAGGUGCAAAGGGUGGAAUGGUCCAUCCUCGCCGACAAGAUGAAGAAGUGGACCCAAGCGCUCAAGGUGGUCAUACAGGGCCUUCUUCCUGAGGAGCGCCGCAUAUGUAACCAGAUCUUUGCGGCCGAUGCUGCCACUGAGGAAGAGUGCUUUACUGAGGCGGCCAAAGGAUGCGUCUUGCAACUGCUCAGAUUUGGUGAUGCCAUUGCGAUUGGUAAGAGAUCGUCGGAGAUGCUGUUCCGCAUUCUUGAUAUGUAUGAGGCACUAGCUGAGUUGCUGCCAGAGCUCGAGGCCUUGUUCUCAGGAGAGGGAAAGGAUUUUGUCAAGAAAGAGGUAGAGCGGAAUCUUCUGAGGCUAGGUGAUGCAGUGCUUGGCACAGUUGCUGAGUUUGCCAACGCGGUACAGGGGGAGUCUUCUCGCAGAAGACUGCCAAGCGGCGAGAUCCAUCCGUUGACACGUUACGUCAUGAAUUAUGUACAACUGCUUGCAGGUUACAGCGGCUGGAUGAAUCAUCUACUUGAUGGCCGUGGGACUGUGCUGCAAAAAAAUGCAGAUGUGACUCCUCCUUUCGCGAACUGUGUGCUGAUAUUGGUCACGCAUCUAUUGGACAAAAUUGAGGAUAAAUCAAAGUUGUAUGAUGACGAGGCACUGCGGAACAUCUUUUUGAUCAACAACCUGUGGUACAUUGUGCAGAAGGUGAAUGAUUCAGAACUGAAGACUGUGCUUGGGGAUAACUGGAUCCAUGGGCGCCGCGGUCAGAUCAGGGCGUGUGCCACAGGGUACCUCCGAUCUUCCUGGAAUAGGGUAUUAGAUGGUCUGAGGGAUGAUGGGCUGCCACAUGCAACGGGUUCGUCGAGUGCACUCAAGGAUGCUCUCAAGGAAAGGUUCAAGAAUUUCAACUUGACCUACAGAGAGUUAUACAGGACACAUACAGCAUGGAAGGUUGUUGAUCCUCACCAGAGAGAGGAGUUGCAGAUCUCCAUCUCAGAGAGGGUCAUUCCAGCAUACCGUUCGUUUGUUGAAAGGUAUCGAGUCCAGCUAGAGGGGGACAGGAAUUUCGCGAAGUAUGUGAAAUACAGCCCUGAGGAUUUGGAGAAUCAGAUCUCAGAUUUCUUUGAAGGGAAAAAUAAAUCGAACGCUUGAUCAAUUCGUAUACGUUUCCCCAACCGGAUCUGUUGUUUUCUAUAUAUAAAACACUUCUUCUUCGGUACAACCCCAUAGACA